GUCAAAACAAAAAAUCUUCUGGAAAGUCCUGAAUAUUUACCAGCAAGCUAACCAGCUAUAGCACGUAGCCGACGAUAACGUUAGCGAAGUUGUUUCCAAGUAAAACAACUUAAAUAGUUAAAAAGCCAUUUUGUCCGAUACAUUUCAUUAUGGAGAUAUCGCAAAAAUUUCGCUCUUUCCACAACUUCUUUUGGUCCGUUUUCGUGGCAUAGCUGGAAAGCUAACGCUGUCUAGUAAUAUCGGUUAGCUUAGCAUUGGUCUUCCCAACAAAAAAGCCCAGCCGCUUCUGAGCCUUGUUGGACGGCAGAAGUUUGCGACUUUACUCGGUGGUUUCUUUGACAGCAACACCCUCAAAAUGUCCAUCCUGGGAUUAAAGAAGAAACAGCCAAAGACUUUUAAAGUCAAAGUUAUCACCAUGGAUGCCGAAAUGGAGUUCAGCUGUGAGGUGAAGUGGAAAGGUAAAGACCUGUUUGACUUGGUGUGUCGCACUGUUGGUUUGAGGGAGACCUGGUUCUUUGGACUCAGGUACACAGUAAAGGACACGUACGCCUGGCUGAAACCAGAGAAAAGGGUGCUGGACCAGGAAGUUCCCAAGGACUCUCCAAUAACAUUUCAUUUCCUGGCAAAAUUCUUCCCAGAAAAAGUAGAAGAGGAGCUGGUCCAAGAAAUAACCCAACACCUCUUCUUCUUACAGGUGAAAAAACAGAUAUUAGAUGAAGAGAUAUUCUGUUCCCCUGAAGCGUCUGUUCUGUUGGCAUCAUAUGCUGUCCAAGCCAAGUAUGGGGACUACGACCCAAACUUUCAUAAACCAGGCUUCCUGGCACAAGAUGAGCUUUUGCCAAAAAGAGUUUUGAUGCAAUACCAAAUGACAGCUGACAUGUGGGAAGAGAAGAUCACAGCUUGGUAUGCAGAGCACAGAGGCAUUGCCAGGGAUGAGGCUGAGAUGGAAUACCUAAAAAUUGCUCAGGACCUUGAGAUGUACGGUGUCAGCUACUUUGCCAUUACUCAAAACAAGAGGGACACAGACCUGUUACUUGGUGUGGAUGCUCAGGGUCUUCACAUCUACAGCCCCAACAGCAAGCUCAACCCCAAUAAGUCCUUUCCUUGGAGCGGCAUUCGCAACAUCUCUUACAGCGAAAAGGAGGUAAAUUUCACAAUCAAACCCCUGGACAAGAAGAAAGAUGUUUUCAAGUUCUACUCAUCUCAGCUGCGUGUCAACAAGCUGAUCUUGCAGCUGUGCAUUGGUAACCAUGAUCUAUUCAUGAGGAGGAGAAAGGUGGACUCCAUUGAAGUGCAGCAGAUGAAAGCUCAAGCUAAAGAGGAGAAGGCCCGCAAGAAGAUGGAGCGUCAAAUCCUGGCUAGGGAAAAACAGAUGAGGGAGGAAGCGGAACGAGCAAAAGAAGAGAUGGAGCGUCGACUUUUCCAGCUGCAGGACGAGGCUCGGCUGGCCAACGAGGCCCUGCUUCGAUCUGAGGAGACAGCAGACCUGCUUGCAGAGAAGGCCCAGAUUGCUGAGGAGGAGGCCAAGCUGUUGGCCCACAAGGCUGCCGAAGCUGAGCAGGAGAGGCAGAGGUUAGAGGUCACCGCCAUGAAGACCAAGGAGGAGAAAAGGCUGAUGGAGCAGAAGAUGCGGGAGGCAGAGCAACUGGCUGUCAAACUGGUGGAGCAGUCUGAGAGGAGGUUGAAGGAGGCAGAUCAUCUGAAACAGGACCUGACCGAGGCAAAGGAUGCUGAGCGGAGAGCCAAACAGAAGCUGCUGGAGAUCACUAAAACAACGUACCCUCUCAUAGCUGCCUACUCUCCUCCGCCUGCUCCCCCUGCUCCUCCUCCUGAAGCACCUGACUUCGCUUACGAAUCUGCAUCUACACGCCUCGACUUCAAGGACUCUGACAUGAAAAGGCUGUCAAUGGAGAUCGAGAGAGAGAGACUGGAGUACAUGGAGAAGAGCAAACACCUGCAGGACCAGCUGAAGGAGCUGAAGACUGAGAUCGAGUCCCUGAAGCUGGAGGAGCAGCAGCAACAGGCGGGCCUCUACAACCUCCGCAGUGAGGCGAGGGGAUACGUCCAGGAGCCUGUCUACAUACCUCACAGCAACCGAAACUCUGCGUACAUGUCUCAGAUGGCCUACUUCGAAGAAGUGUGAUCCGAGUCCUGCAAGAUGAGGAAGGAGGGCGCCAGCACUUGUGACUUGGCGCUUUCUAGAAAUGUUUGGUUAACAGACAGACAGACAGACACCAUGACUGUGUGCUUUGGAAAGACUAUCCUCAAUAACAAGCGGCCACUAGUUUGGCUACCUGCACAGGCUGUCAUGUUAGGUUGUACCACCUGCCACACCGCGGCACCUUCACAUCUUAUAUAUAUAUAUAGACAGAUUAACGUGUGUAACACUGAUUCAGGAUCUGGUGGUGAAGAUGGAUGUUUUGAUUUGCUGAUGGUUUUUUGUGGCUUUAAGGGAUGCUUAGCUGUAAGAUGCCUUAAUGACAAGUUACACAUUAAUGCCUUAAGAACAGUGGGGACGAAGAUUAAGUUAAAAUUUGUCACAAGCCACCUUCAGGCAAGUUCCUGCAUCAUAUGUAAUUAAGUAAAUUAUCCUUUUCAUUCUGUGGGAAACUAUGAAAAGGCAUAAAUACCCUUAAGAUUUUCUAAAUAUGGAUGCUUUUGGUCAUUUUCUUUCAAACGAGCAAAGUGUUCCCCAAACUUGGCUUUUAAACAGUACAUCAAACAGUACAACAGCACAUCAAAGAAACCCAAAUGCCCAAAUUUCUGAUUAUACAUUUAACAAGCUAUUGUUGAAUGUGGCUUUGAACAAUAAAAAUACACUCAAGAUGACUCUUGAUCGAUGAUACGUAGCGGGAAAAAAGAACAUUUCGAUCUUGCUCAUAAAAAAUAAUUUGUAAGAGCAGCAACUCCCAGAGAAUGUGUACAGGAACGGUGUCCAGAUGUGACUCUCCAUAGAAAUGAAAGUGCAGUGUUUGAUCUUUGUUUUGGUCUUUCAUUUGUAUUUGCUUGCUGUUUUCUGUUACUUGGUCCACAAACUGCCUUUACUGAUAACAGCACACAGGUGCCUUUACUGUUUCUAGUGCCUCAAUGUGAUAGUUAAUAGAAAUUUAGUCAUUUCAGUUUUUAUGUUUUGUACUCCAGACUGUCGAUGUGCCUUGAACUUUAUUUUGUACUAUUAUCAAUUGAGUUGCUAUGGUUUUAUUUGGUAUCAUUGUGCCCAUGUGUCUUAGUGUUGGGGUUACUUAAAGUUUGGGGUGGAUGUCCUACCCUGACUGAGUUACAGAAUAGCAGAUUGAUGGCUUUUCCAUUUUCUUUUUGUUCCUCAGCUCGUGUUCUUCUCAGGGUCACUGUUUGAGACAAUCACUGCAGGUAGAAUCUUACUGUUUUUCCCCUGAGAUCUACAGCAUGGUAUCCUUGGAUAAGUCCGGUUGGGGAUUUUUUUCGGCCAGCAGUGGGUGCAUUGCAUUUCACAAAUAUAGCGGUGGGUUACCUGAGUUAACUUUUACUCAACCACAAUCCUCAUUACAUCCUCAAAAAGGGAGAGGCUGGAUGCCAGAUGUACAGCCAGAGAUUCUACAUGUUUGUUUAUUGGGACUGGCCUGUUAGACUGAUUUCAUUAUGGACUGAACAGUAACAGAUGAUCAUUUCAUUAUUGCCCUCAUGAUUGGGUUAUAAAUGAGUAAGGAUCACCUUGGUGUUGUGUUAAUAGUUUUGUGUCAGAUGUCCAAGUAGAAAUGUUCUUUUGUUCAACCCAUUGCUUAAGUGCUUCAGGAUGCAUCUUUAACCUUAUUUAUUUGUGCUAUGAAUCCUUAAAUAACAUCACCAUACACAUUUUCUUGAGCUCUAUUAUUGUGUGGGACUUUGUCAUUUUUGACAUUGUAAUUUUUAAUGUUUGUUUUAUUUUUCUAUCAUGGGAUUUUCCUGUCAAAUUCAAGUCCUGUGUUACAAAAUCAUUUUGCAUCUGAAACAGUGUUGUUCCUUAUGGGAUUAGGUUUGCUUUGAAAUGCACGACAAAGUUUUGUCAAUGAUUUCCAAUCUCAAGUUAUUUUGUGCAUGCCAUUUCAUUACAGCAGUGUUUUUGCCUGAUGUUUAUGCAGAUGUUGGGAGUUUUGUUAUAGAUAAUGACAGAAACAUUCUCGCUCCCUCGUGUGUCAGUGAAGUGCAGUGAUCUUAACCACAAAGUGAACACUCCCAUCACAGCCACACAGUACAACCCUGAUUCCAAAAAAAGUGGGGAUGCGGUGUAAAACAUAAA